AUGAGCUUAUAGCGCGCAAAAAGAAAUGCUACAAAAAUAACAUAUAGUGUGGAGGAAGAAAAUGAAUCAGAUUCUUCCUCCAAGUAGAAUAAGAAGAAAUUAAAGAAAACCACCAAGGUGACAAUCACAGAAUGCAAGAAGAAAGUGAAAACUUAACCAUUGCUUCGUUUUAGUCCGAUUGCAUGGUCGAGAUUAAUGAAUGUUGGAAAAUUGCUAGGGUAGAUAGACACUGCAGGUAUUUUGAACAAUGACGAGAUUGAUUCAACAAUGUAAUCGAAUGAUGUUGGAUAAAUGAAUAUUUAUAAGGAAUGGUUUGAGGGAGACUAUAAGUACGAAUUGGAUGAGAAAUCUAAUUUAAUUAAGGUAUGAAUUGUAUUUAGAUGAUAGCCAUUGGAGUUUAAGAGUAAUUUGCAUUAUUUGCAUCAAUUUGAGAAGCGCAUUUAAAAUAGAUAUUACUGGGAUAAUGAGUAAGUUUGGAAGGAUUUGCGUAAAUUGUUUGGAAACACGUACAUCAGAUGUCGAAGUGCGUAGGAUUACAACUGUUUAAGUAAAGUCUGGUUGGAUGGUAAAGUGAAGAUCAAGCCGAUAAUGGAUAUAUUCAACAGUUAAAUCGAAGCCGAUGUGAAGAACUUGAUGGAAAUAGAUAAAGAAUUCAAGGUGUAAACGACUCGAUGGCCAGUGAUUCCUGAUAAGAAGGAUAUUAGGUCAUAUUAGGAAAUUUACAAUUAUGAGCCUAAUCCAAAUCAAGAACCUUACAUAGAGUAGAUAAGAGAGAAGCUAUCGACAUCUAAGAGACCUGUAAGAUGUGAUAAGGAUUGUGUCUGUUUUGAUUUGAGUAAAAUGGGAGCAUUUUCGUAUGUCAAUAUUACUUGGGAUUCUGAAUGUCCAAAUAGAAAAAAUAGAGUGGAGUGUCUGGAACAUGAAGGAACAGAUCAACCAUGCAUGAACAUGUCAAUUCAAAUGAAAUAGCAUCAAGUGAAUAAGAUGAAGCAGGAGGAGAAUGCCGAUGUGGAAGUAACUAUUUAUAUCAUCUAAAUAGGAAACACCUUGUUGGGGUAUAGAUGCUUACACUCGAAAAGUCAUCAUGAACAUACUGCCUUUGAAUUACGACGAUGCCCAAAAGAACAAAUUUAUGGAGAAAUUGUUAUUGGCUAUCAAUAGACCAUCUGAUAAGGAGAAUGCUUAUGAUAUGAGUUUAGCGUGUGAUUACAUCAUCAAAGAAUCUAAAUUAAUGUCCAGUCAUUACAAUAAAGAUGAUAGGAAAAUGGCUAAGUAGAUUUAAAAGGUCAUUAAGUAUGAUUCAGAGGGAUUCAGGAUACACACUAAAGGAUUUGGAUUGGUUUGUGUUAACAAGCAAGGAAUCAAGAACAAUUCAUUGAUUAUUCCCUAUUUAGGGGAAAUAUAUCAGCCUUGGAGAUGGUAUGAGAAACAGGAUUUUAUUAAGAAAUAAAUGAAGGAACAUAAUCAGAAGGACAUACUACCUGAUUUCUAUAAUAUUAUGUUGGACAUUCAUAGAGAUGACAUCAAAGGAAUUGAUUUCUUGUUUGUGGAUCCUAUUAACAAAGGAAACUAUUCAUCUAGAUUAAGUCACUCUUGUAAUCCUAAUUGUGGCACAGUUACUACUGUUAGUAAUGGUACCUAUGUAAUUGGAAUGUAUGCAAUGAGAGAGAUUCAAUAUGGGGAGGAACUCACUUUUGAUUAUUGUUCAUUCACUGAGAGUAAAUAAGAAUAAUUGUAAGCCUUGUGUUUAUGUGGAAGUGAGAAAUGCAAAAUGUAACUUUGAUUAUUAAAUAUUAGUUAUUACUUACAAUUAUCUAAUUGUAAGGAGUACAAUGGUAUACUGGAUAAAGAACAUUGUUUUUUGACAAGGAAUGCUAUUUUAUUGAAAUCCUGCAGUGAUAAUGUAGAUAAAUCGAACGAGGAUUCAGAGUUAUACAGUAAAUACAGAAUUGGAUCAAGUGUUUUGAAUGAUUGUCCACUGUGGUUGAAGAAUUGGGUUGGCUAUAUUUUGAAAUUCAUUGAUCAAGAGUAUUAUUCAUAGUCAAUAUAAUUAGGCGUCAAACGUAUAAGAGUGAAUUGAAUUUGAAGUACGAAUAAACAGCUGAAGUGGAAUAGUGGAAUCAUUUCACUGCUACUCAACAUUCGGAAGAUAGGAUUUAGAAUCUUAUAUUCACUCUAGACAAAAUUAAGUUCUUUUUAAAUAAUAGUGACAGCAGUGAACCACCUAUCUCAAUAAUUGGAGAUAGCGAUUUAUUGGAUAGUUUUUGGAAAGACUACUCCUCAGGAACUUCAAGUGAAUGCUCCUUCUUUAAUGAAUUGUAUCAGCUAUUUCAGAAGCACAAUCAAAAAAAAAUGAUUGAAUUAAUUCAUGUGAUCUACAAAAAAAAACAAUAGUUGCAUGAUUACAAAGAAAACAUACACAAUAUCCAUAGAUAGGAACUCCUGAUAACCAGAAUGCUAUUUUUAACUUUGUCGCAUAUGCUCAUGUAACAAUAAUACACUUUCCAUCAUGAAGCCUUGUCUUUGAUUCUUUAUAUGAUGGCCUAUACAUACACAUACUUCAAACCCUAUGAGUACACUGGAUUUUCAUCGCCUCCAAUUGAGGACCUAGAGUGGAGGAAGGUGGGGGCCUUUAAAAAGAAGUGCAAGAGCGAAGGAAGAGCCUAUUCUUCUUAAUUCGUUUGGGGACAGUUGAUAGGAUGGUUCAAAUAGACUGUGGCAGCACCUUAAGCUUCACUCUCAUAAGACAGAAGAGGAACACUAUCAUAUCCAGCCAUUUCCUCUUUUGAUAAGGCAGGAGACAAGGCUUAUCCAUUUUAAUAAUCCAAGGCCCAGAGUAGUCGUUCUUAUUUCAUCCAGCAUUUAUUGGAUAAGCCAAGCUAUAUGUGGCCACCUGAAACUGCCAGUUGGAGUUACAAAAACACUUACAAAAUCUAUGGGACAAUCUUAUUUGAAUAAUUUUAUUCAACUGAACUAGAAGAGGAUUUCUUGGAUGAAGUUUUAGCAAGCCAUACAAAAGAUUAUGAUUAAAAGUUUUAGCUCUUUGUCAAAUACGAAUCCAAAAAAUUUAAACAUUCUCUAGAGCUUUUUGAUAAAUUCAAAGAGAUUUUCAAACCUUACAUUGGAGACAAUUAGUUAAAUUAUAAAGAUGUCAUUGUAGCUCCAUUAAGAUAUAGAAGGUGUAAAUUCGAAAAUAACUCAAAAAGAGAAGCAUACAUUGAGAGUUUAAGAGCAGAUGGAAAAUCAGAAGAGGCUGAUCUUAUAUAGAAAUUCCCAUUCAUAAGUUAUGCGAUAUGA